UGCUUCGCGCUUUGCUUAUCCGAAAAAGGGAGCUUUUUUUUUUACCAAUCGAGCUCAAAAGCCUCGAAGAGCAUCGUCCUCCUCCCCGACCAGCCAUGAACACCACGCCUCACCGCGCACUCCUUCUCUUCUCCUUCUUCUCCUCCAUGGCGGUUGCGUUUACCGACAUCAGCAGCGGAAGAUACGGCGACCACGGCGGGUGGAGAUUGGCCACGGCGACCUACACCAGAGGCACAUCGACUUCCGCCGAACGAGGAGGCGGUGCUUGUGGAUUUGGGGAUCUCGGCGACUGGGGCUACGGGACGCGCGGCGCCGCCGCCGCCGCCGUGAGCAGCGCCCUGUUCGAGAGAGGGAUCGCCUGCGGCGGGUGCUUCGAGUUGCGGUGCGUGAACCACAUCCUCUGGUGCCUCAAUGGGAGUCCCUCGGUCGUCGUCACCGCCGCGGAUUUCUGCGCCCCCAACUUCGGGCUCCCCGGCGACGACGGCGGCUGGUGUAACUUCCCCCGGGAGCACUUCGAGAUGGCGGAGGCCGCCUUUCUACAGAUUGCGAGGAGGAAUUCCGAUGUGAUACCAGUCCAGUACAGAAGGGUGCGAUGCGAGAGAACUGGAAGGAUGAGGUUCACAAUGGCAGGGAAGGCCUACUUCUUCCAAGUCCUCAUCACCAAUGUGGGGUCAGAUGGUCAGAUUGCAGCAGUUAAGGUGAAAGGUUCGAGAACUGGAUGGAUACCCAUGGGAAGAAACUGGGGGCAGAACUGGCAGUGCGAUGCCGACCUACGAGGCCAGCCGUUGUCUUUCGAGGUGACUAGUAGCGGCGGCGGAGGAACGGUAACCUCGUACAAUGUCGCUCCGUCGAACUGGCAAUUCGGGCAGAUGUUUGAAGGGAAGCAGUUUGAGGAACACUGAAACAAGAGCAUGAGUCUGAGAACAAGUGAAGAUAGAAUUGUAACGUAUCCUCGAAGAGUGCUUUUUGACCUUUUUUGACUUCCCCUCCUAUUUGUGUUCUUGGAGCUUGAAUAUGUAUGAAAUUCUAACAGAUUUACAACCUUUGAAGGAUUCAAUCACAACAGAGUUUGCU